AUGGUCUCCGAUCCCAAGUUAAUGCUUGGUAAAGGUUUCACUUUACGCGAGUUACUGCGGACAUAUAUCGAUAAACUCCUGCAGAAAAUGACGAACCCGUCUCGAAUCCUCCUCCAGCUGGUCGUCCGCAUUGUUCUCUAUGAUCCGAAAUUUCUUACGAAGUACGUCCGUCUAUUUCGAAUAAGUCGUUUUAGAAAAAUACGUGGCGGAUCUAUUGAUGUGCAUCCAUUUGAAAAAGCAUUGGUUGUUCAUUAUGAGACCGAGGCAGCUAUUUUGGGUGAUCACGGAGGUCCAAUGAUAGGAGACAAGAAACAAUGCCAAAAAAUUAUUCGUCUGAAGAACCUCAACAGUAAAACAGACAUUCCAGAGUUGGCAGCGAAAAUUGUUGAGAACUGCAACCUGAUUUCCCCAUUUCAACUGCCAGAGGUUGAGCAUCUUUUGCGAUAUCUUCUAAAACGAAAACCCAAAAAGCCGGAGAGUCGCGAGACAGCCUCAACUCCAGGAAAGCCAGCGGAUCCGGGAGCCUUUGAUUCAACGGAAAUUGAUGAGACUGCACAUAUGACGGAUAUCGAUGAUUAUUUAGAGCUUUUGUAUGAAGACACGAAGGACAAGUUGCGAGCGUCUGCACUCAUUCUCCAGUUGGCAAGAAACCCAGAUAACCUUGAGGAACUCUAUCAAAACGAAAUCCUGGUGGGUGCCCUGGCGAGAGUCCUACGAGAAGACUGGAAGAAGAGCACCGAUCUCACCACUAACCUCAUCUACGUUUUCUUCUGUUUUUCCUCUUUCACAAAUUUCCACGGCGCCAUCCUGCACUUCAAAAUAGGUGCUCUGACAAUGACUAUCCUGGACCACGAAAUGAAAAAAUAUGGCCUGUGGACUGAAGAGCUAGAAAAGAAGCGCCGAGAUCAUGGAGAAUAUAGCCUCGACUUCAAGUCGAGUGAUGACAAAUUUGGAGUAUUAUUGAAAAAGCAGGAGCAACUUUUCCGCGUUGCCAUCUACCUCCUGUUCAACAUAGCUGAGAAUGUCGAUGUUGAAGGAAAGAUGCAGAAAAAGGGCAUUGUUAGCAUUCUCUGUCACUGUUUAUGCCGCAAAAACUAUGAGCUAAAAAUCUUAGUGGUCUCAUUUCUGAAGAAACUGAGCAUCUUCAAGGAAAGUGUUGCCGACAUGCACGCGAAUGGUGUCGUACCUCUCCUGAUGCCGAUUCUCAAUGUUGAGGAACGCGAACUCGUAAGCAUCAGCCUUCGUCUCCUCUACAACCUCACUUUUCACAAUGAUAUACGAACAUCUAUGUUAUCCAGUGGUUUAAUUCCGGUUAUCACGUCCCUCGUAGGUUCGUUUGAUUUCCCUAUAUCUUGUUUUUGGCCAGUACUUCGAUUGACUCUUACGGUUUUUUCACCGAUUCCGCAUUUUAAUUUGGUACGGAGCAAAAUAUGCGCUUUAAAAUUUUCGGGUGAGCUACGAAAUGAAUCCAGAUAA